UUAGGUUUUACCGUGCUAUUAGAGCAAAUUAGCAAUCUGGCUCCAAGUUUCCGCAACAAGAGAUGGUGCUUCGAUGAACGGCGAGCAGCGCACAGUAGGCAGCUUCGAUGAACGGUGGAAGAGUGACGACUCGCAGCGAUGAGCGGCGGCCGACGAUCUGUCUCUUCCUCGAGCUCAUUUGUUUUUCUGCAGGUUGCUUAUUUUCUGCCUAGAUCUGGUUUUGCGGCGGCGGUGCCAUGCUUCGGUUGGCAUCAGUAGUGGCAGCCGGAUUUGCGGUGGAGGCGGGUGGAUUUGCGAUGGAGGUGCCCGGAUCUGCACUGGCGGCGGUUGAAUCUGCAGGGGCGGCAGUCGACGGGCGGUGGAGGCCAGAUCUGGCCCGAUCUAGAGAGGCGGCAGCCAGAUACAUGGAGGCGGCGAUAUGGUAUCGGCUAUGGCGGUUAAUUAUGAGAUUGCGGUGGCGACCGGAGGCGGCCGGCAGCGGCCGGCGGUGGCUGAUCCGGCAACCUGUUAGCAGCAGACUAUGUAUUGUCAAGCUCCAGGGGCGUUUUUGUGAACUUACAAAUAAUAAUGGCAUUAUUACUUUUUUAAAAUGCCAUUUUUUUACUCUAAAAGCUUUGUUAGUAUUAUACGGUUCGUGAAUAAUACAAUAAUACUUACGUUCGUGUAUAAUACGAUACAAUUAUAUAAAAUACGGCUAAAUAUAUGUUUCAUACGUUCGUGAAAUGAAUAAAGAUACGAACGUGUUUUAAACGUUUCACAAUUUAAAAAUACGGC